AUGGAGUGGGACGACGGCAACACCGUCCUCGAUCUCACGUCAGCACUGACGCCGUGGCUGCGCUCUGGUCAUGCCACGUCAUUGGUGUUUGACAACAUCACGAGUAGCUUGGUCGAAGGGCUUCCAGCCGCACUGGCAUUGGCUCCAUCGCUCACACGCCUCGAAAUCAUCGACUCGGACAAGGUCAUCGACGUCUUGCUCACCUCGCAAACACGGCUCUCGAGCGUCACGCAGCUCAAGGUCCGAGUCAACGGCAACACCACCAGCAACGAACUGCGUCUCGUCAAGCUUCUGUCGAUGGACAAGGUGACGGGCCUCGAUUUUUGUGGGCACAUGGCACAAAACGGUCGCAUGGCGCAAGAUGUCAGCUCAAUACUAGCGACGUUACCGCGGCUCCCGGCGCUGCAAGAGCUCUCGCUCAAAGCCUACGCACUGCGCAAUGUCUCGACGACGCUCAAGGGAUCGUCGGCGCUGCAUACGCUCGACUUGUGCGUCAUCAAGAUGGGGAGCCCCAUGACGCGCAUCGCGUUCUUGGACUUUAUGGCGCGCUGCCCGGUUCUCGACCGCGUCUCAAUCGUCAGUUCCUGCUUGAUAGACGCCUCGCAAGCCAGCCUGGGUGACGCGCUCGCUCGGUGCUUUCGACACGCGACGUCACUGCGCCACGUGACCUUGCAUCGCUACGAUCUGGACGCAGCCUGCGCAGCGGUGCUGGCGACGGCGCUCGCUGGCCGGACACAUCCAGUGCGCAUCGAAGUGGCCGACUACGAUACGCUGACGCAAGACGGCUUUGAGCAACUCGCGGCGGCCGCCGGACGCAGCGUCGGUGGCGUCGUCGAAUUGACCUACUACGAUAGUUGUCGGUACAUCGACAAAGACUAUGACCGAUUCACCACAACUACGCUGGCCGACACGUAUCGCGUUCGCGUGUCCGCCACGCGUACCAUGCUUGGCACCGACUAUCGACUAGCGUCCUUGCGUGAGGCCAACUAA